CUGUAGGUAAACUUUAGUUUUCUUUCCUUCCGUGAUUUUAAUAUUUAAUGGUCUUGUUAUCUCAAUACAAAUAGGAAUGUUAUAUGUUAUAUUAUUAAUAAAACUUAAUAUAUAAUACAAAAAUGUCACAGCCGAACUUACUGGACAUAGUUCCAGAAGAACUGUUUCAAAACUACUUCGUCAGCGAUGUGGACCAAGUUCAAAAGAAAUUGCAAUAUGAAAUCGAGAGAAAGAGGGAAGAAUUACGUGCUAUGGUUGGAGAAAGGUACCGGGAUCUCAUACAUGCGGCGGAUACCAUAGAGGAAAUGAAAGAAACAACAUCCAGUACUUUGGAACAUAUAAGUCAGAUGAUAUCAGCAUGUAGGAACCUUCAUAAUACACACUUGGUUGGAUUCAAGAUUGACAAAAGGCCUGAACAGCCAAGUUUUCAGUUCAACAUAAAUCCAGCGCAAAGUAUAGCAGUGCAAGUCAAGCUGUUGAUGGAGAUCCCUGAAAAAAUAUGGACUUCCAUUGAAGCUGAGGAUUAUGUGACAGCCACACAGUUGUUUAUUAUGGCAAGGCACAUUAACACAGGUUUACAAUUACAAAUAGGCGGUGCAAAUGCCAAGCCGGAAAUGCAAUCUAUGCAGCGGCUGGUCCAGCAGCAAUGGAAUUCUAUAUCCAACUUCAACGACACCAUUGUCAAUGUGUGUAGGGAGAAACUGCAUGAUGUCGACAUCACAGUGGAGGUUUUGUACAUGCCUCACCCGCAGAUUCCAGGUUCGGUCCCCGGGUCAUAA